GCUCUUUGCACUCCUCGCUUUCAUUGUCUUCGGCAAAGUGUUUAUUUUACAAACCUUGAACUUCAUAUGUAAACAGCUUUUACAAUUUCCAAAUAGUACAAAAGGCAUUGUGCAAUUCAUUUCAAAGAAGUUGAGUUAGCUGUUUGCGAGGGCAGCUUCCUGCUUCAACUUAGUUUACCUUGCGGGACAAAUCAGUUUCAUACAAAUCGCUCGACUGCUUCUCGACUUUCUUAACUAGACACAGUUUACCAAGCCGGAUUUGAAAUGGUCGCCCAACUCUGUGAUUAUAAGCUACAGGAAGAAGUCAACCUUGUUCUUUUCCAUCAAGCUUUCAUGACGUCCCUUUGUUUGAUGAAUAUCGUGUCUUCCUUCGUAACAAUAGUUGGAAAUCUACUCGUCAUUCCCGCUCUCUGGAAAUCUUCAUCCCUUACGCUGAGCAUGAAAGUUCUGUUUCUGAAUCUUGCUGUGUCCGAUCUCGCCGUAGGACUGUGCGCACAACCAAUGUUUAUUAUCAUUACAUGUUUGAUGUUGAGUACAGAGCAGAACGGCGGCCAUAAUUUCGACUUCUUAUGUCCAAUUACGAUGACAUUGUUUUGGUUUCUGCUCGUUGUAUUCGCAUCAUCAUCGUUUUUCUCAGUGACUGCCAUUGCUCUGGAUAGGUUUCUUGCCGUUUCCUUACAUUUACGAUAUUCAGAACUUAUAACACCAAGACGCCUUAUAAUCACUGUAAUACUACUAUGGAUAACGAGCACGAUCUCCGCCGCGAUUUUCAUUUUAUUGCCUAAAUACAAUGACAUGGUGGCUGUUUCUCUUGAAGCAAGUGGCCUGUUUUUGACAACAGUUGCAUAUUACCAGAUUUUUCGAAUUGCUCGACGCCAUCGGAAUCAGAUUCAAAGCCACCUGCAAACUCACGGCAAUAAUCAAGCAACGAAUAUGGCUCGGCUUAAAAGAUCAACCUUCAACACUUUUUACGUCUUUAUUGUCUUUGUGUUUUGUUGGCUGCCAAGUCUGACUUCUUUUACUGUGAAAGAAGCAUGGAGAUCCCACAGUGUUGAAGUCUCAGCUGCAAACUAUCUCGCCGGUUUCAUCGUUUUCCUGCAUUCCUCUAUAAACCCUUUUAUCUUCUGCUGGCGUUAUCAGGAAAUUCGGCGGAAAGCGAUCGCUUUCUUAAAGAAUAUAUUUACAAAAGAACCUCAAUAAGGCAAAUUUGAAGAUCAACAUGUCCGAGCACUAUCAAGAUGGAGGCUGACUUCAUGAGGGAAAUUAAAUAGAUGAGCGAACGAACAAACGAAAAAAAAAAAGAUCGAGAGAAUAGAAGAACAUAAAUACGAAAGACAGAAUAAAAACAGUAGUAGUGGCCGAUCGAACGAAUGAAUGAUUGACUGGAUGACUUUUUAUGGCUAUCGUGGUUUUUGUUCUUUUAUGAUUACUAGGCUGAAUGAAAUUUAUGCUGGUCAGGAAACCAUGUAAACAAAGGUUCAAGCUGGUGAUAAUGAAAUGCUAAUUAGAGUUACCUGGACA